AUGUACUCGGAGGCCAUUUUCCCGCCUGCCCGCAGUAAAGAUGGCGGCAGUGGGUUUACGCGUUUACGUCAUCGCGUGAGUCGCUUCCUUCCGGCUGCUGGAGCGUCACGUGACGCCGUGUUGUUGUGGCUGGGGCUAGCAGACAUGGCGGUCGCUGUGUGGGUGCGUGAUGCUCUCUCGGGCCGGGUGUCCGGUGUCAGGAGGCCGCAGGGAGCCACGGUUCGGGAUCUCCUUCCUCAGCCUGAGCUGGUGAGACAUUCUGCUGCCCUGUGACACCCCAAACAGGGCUUUAGAUCCUAUAUGUUAGCUUCAUGUACAAUCUGUGCCAGUCAGAGCAACUUCACUGCUCUUUGUUUUAGGUUAAAGGACCACUAAGGGCACCCAGCUUAAUGAAGUGGUCUGGGUGCCAGGUCCAGCUAGGGUUAACCCAUUUUUUUUAUAAACAUAGCUUUCAGAGAAACUGCUAUGUUUAUAAAUGGUUAAUCCAGCCUCUAAAGCCUCUAGUGGCUGUCUCAUUGACAGCCGCUAGAGGCGCUUGCGUGAUUCUCACUGUGAAAAUCACAGUGAGAGCACGCAAGCGUCCAUAGGAAAGCAUUAUGAAGGCUUUCCUAUGCGACCGACUGAAUGCGCACGCAGCUCAGCCGAAGAGGGGCAUCAGAGGCGGAGAGGAGGAGGAGAGCUCCCCGCCCAGCGCUGGAAAAAAGUUAAGUUUAACCCCUUUCCUUGCCAUCCAGCCUGGCGGGAGUGGUCUGAGGGUGGGGGCAUGAGUAUGUUUUCCUGGCACUAUACUGGUCCUUUAAGUGUUUACACAAAUGGUCUUGUCUCUUUUAGGGCCUAACAAAUGACUUCUAUGUGAAAUGCAAUGGUCGUCUGGUUGAUUUGGAAGAAGAGCUUCAGGAUGGCCUUACAUACAGCGUGGAGCUACGGCUAUGUGGGGGGAAAGGAGGUUUGUGAAUCUCAAUAAAAUGAAUUAGGCUUCAUAAAAUAAAGCUGUGAUUUAACAUGUUGUACUUCCUAUUCUGCUUUUCUUUAUAACCAAAGAACGAAAUAUCUUGGAUUGCUCUCCUAAAUGCAACAACUUUGAUGACGGAGUCAAUUCCUGAAACAUAAAGUUGUUCUAUACCUGGUUGGAUCCUACUCCCUCUUUGUUUCAUACAGUGAUUUAGUUUACUAUACUUUCUACAUAUCUACUGAUAACUACUUCGAAGUGCAUAAAAAACAAAGGGCUUCACAUAAUUAUGAAUGGCUAAUACUUUCAUGACAUUGAAAAUGCCAGCACAUUGUUGGGCACAAAGCAUCUUUUAUCAGAAUACUACCCAGUAAGAAAUUACAUGGUUUAUUUCUCUUGUCCCUCUCCUGUCUGUGGUUCGAGCUGUGUAAAUCUGUGUAUGUUGUCACUGAUGGUUAACUGUUUAACCCUUUAAGGACCAAGCUUAUGGAAUAAAAGGGAAUCGUGACAUGUCACACAUGUCAUGUGUCCUUAAGGGGUUAAUUAAAGGAUCAUAACGUUCUGUUUCCAGGUGUGCCCUGGCACCCCCCAAUUUAACUGGUCAAAGAUUUUAAGUUUGACUUCUCACCUGGCAUUUGUUGGGUACAGAUCCAUGCCUCCUUGUAGCUAGAAGUGCUCUUCACUGAGCUAAGCAGUCUUGGAUUUAUUGUACGAGAGCUAACGGAAGCUCCUCAUAGGACUUUCCAACUGAGAGGAGUUAAGGAGCGAGACACUGAGGACCCCAGUUAAGAAAUUGAGCUGUUGCCAAACAGUGGGGGCUCUCCUGGCACAAUAAACCAAUCCAGCAUGUGGCAGUGGUUAUGGUGUGUGUAUUAUUCUAUUUAAGGGACCGUAAUCAUUUUUAUGAUGACAUUUGUUAUUCUCCUCUGUUUACCAUCCAGGAUUUGGUUCAAUGCUCAGGGCACUUGGCGCACAGAUCGAAAAGACCACAAAUAGGGAAGCGUGUCGCGAUCUUAGCGGAAGGAGACUUCGAGAUGUAAACCACGAGAAAGCGUAAGAAAAGCAAUUUAUAUGUUUUCUUCUGUUACUUUACUUUAAAUGUCUCUUUUCUGCUUUAUUUUAGGGUUUUUUUCUGUUUGUUUUAAUCAAUAUAUGGGAAAAUUCUACAGCUAGCAUUUUUUUCUAUUUCUAAAUGUUAACAUUUUCAUUUUGAUAACUUUAAUCAUGCCUACUUGUUUACAGUGAGCAUAUUGUGCAGGUCCUGCUUUUGUUGGUUAUUUUCUAAAGUGUAAUUAUUGAGACCUAAACAAUUCACUUAAGUGUCAAUUUUCCAUUUCUAAAGAUAGCUGACUUUCAAUGGUAUUUUAUGGAUUGUAACUAUAUUGUACAAUAUUUUGAUUAAUGCUUUGUGUUUAAUAUUGAUUUCUUUUUUUCACUCGUAUAAUUUGUUUGUCAAUGUAAAGCUCUCUGAAUAAGAGCACUAUAUAAGCAUUAUUAAAUAAAUAAAUUUUUACUUUGAAUAGAAUGGCAGAAUGGAUAAAAAAGCAAGCCGAGCGGGAAGCAGAAAAGGAGCAAAGACGCCUGGAAAGGUUGCAGCGUAAGCUGGCAGAACCUAAACACUAUUUCACCGACCCAGAGUAUCAUCGUCAGUGUCAUGAUAUGUCAGAACGUUUGGAGGAAUCCGUAAUCAAAGGUACUGACAGAUCCCUCAAUUACUCUGAUCCAUAUAAUUGUACCAAAGCUGAGUGGGUUAGGUUCACAUUACUUUUCUGCGUGGUGUGAUUUUAUAUAAAUAAGGACUACUAUAAUUAGACACGGUUAGUACAGGACAGUACUUACAAUGAUACAGAUGAGAAUCCCAAUUUUACAUCUCUGCCCAGCAUUUCACAAGAGCAACAAAAGUCAUUUACUGAAGGACCAGAGAAGUAGAGGGGGCAGAACAGGUCAGGGAUUGAAGUUGUAGAUAGAAUAAAAGGAGGUGUCGGAUCACAUGUUGAUGGUACCUCCAUGGAGCGUGUUUAAUGGGGAUCAGAAUCUUUAUAUUCAUUUCCAUAUGUGACGGUUUGUGGAAAUGUAAUCAAUUUAUAGAAGUAAUCGGAUAAUUCCAAAGAUUAAAAACACACACUGAAUUACUGUGGAGAUAUUUAUUUUACUUGAGCUAUAUACUGUAAUUGACAACUUUAAUUUGGGUGCUAAUAUGAAAGCUCACUUUUACAUUAGCCAAGUGGCUGCUGAGGUGCUGAGAUUUAAAGGCCCGGAGAGACUCAUUGGGACACAAAAAUAGAAUGGCAAUCAAAGAUUCUUUCCACCAUGUGGUGAUUAUAGUACUUUGCAUUAUGGCCAUGAUACAUUUUGACUUUUCACUUACAUUCACCUUGUGCUUUACAUUUUGAGUUUAUUAAGUGUUCUUGCAUAGCUACUGGUGGAGGCAAGAACACUUCACACAAUUUCCCUAGAAAUUGUAGAUUUUGUAGUUUCUGUAUGUGCUCUUUAUGUACAAUAAAAUCCAAUGAUCAUGAUUUCUUUGGAUAUGUAAGGGUUAUCUGCUCUGAAUGGACAUUUUCUUUAUGAUUGUGACCGCACACACAGCCCUGGUGUAGUGUUGUCUUGACCUUCUGUAUCAGGUGAUGCAGAACGUUUCCUUCUUUUCCCAUGAUACCUCGGGCCACUGCCACGCAUGCACCUUAGGUCUCCCCCACCGGCUGACGGUGGUGGAGGAGCGUGAGUGGAGUGCUCCUGUUUACAGCUUACUGUAGAAAGCGAUACGCUGAACUAUAACUACCAGGAAAUUACAUUAUAACGUCACUUAUAGCAGUGAUAUUGUAAUAUAGGGGAAACAUUGGAGGAUGGGCAAAAAUUGUGGGUUUAAGGAGCGAUAUUAUUUAUUAAAACAAAAGACCAUGAAGAUAAAACAAACACAUUCAAACUUAAAGGAUCAUUAGAGUGUCAGGAAAACAAACCGGUUUUCCUGACACUAUAGUGCCCUAAGGGUGCCCUCAACCUCAGGAUCCCUCUCCCUUGGCGCUGAAGGGGAUUAAAACCCCUUCAGUUACUUACGUUAAUCCAGCGCCGGGCUCCCUCAGUGCUGGUGACCUCUCUUCCCCCGCCAACGUCAGCUCCCCCGUCCGACCUCAGCGGAGCUGAAUGCGCAUGCGAGGCACGCAUUCAAAGUGUCCAUAGGAAAACCUUUCACGAUGCUUUCCUAUGGACGCUCUGCCCGAUGGAGGCAAAAUGUGUUUUCAGCGUCACAGAUGCAUCUCUAGUGGCUGUCCAGAAGACAGUCACUAGAGACUGGCUUGACCCCAAAUGUAAACAUGGCCGUUUCUCUGAAACGGCUAUGUUUGCAUCUGAAGAGUUAAAACCUGAGGGACCUGGCACCCAGACCACUUCAUUGAGCUGAAGUGGUCUGGGUGACUAUAGUGCCCCUUUAAACCUAAGAUGUGGUUGUCCCAUUUAUAGGCCAACAGGAAGUGUGAAUCACACACAAUAGGUUUUUCCCACGGUUUCUUCCUUUGGGAUGUUUUGGAGAUGGUAAAGGAACACCUGACUGGUCUGACUUUUGAGUCUGCUAGUAUAGGAUCCAAUGCUGGGUUAAAAAAGAAAAUCAUGUAUAUUUCUCUCUUUAAGGCUUACAAGCAUCUUCAAGUACUGUGGUCUCUCCGGAGACAGAGCAAAGUCGCAAACGCAAGACAGAAGUGAAAGUCGGGAAGUCAGAACCUGGCAAAAAGAAAUGCUUUUGGUAGGUUUUUUUUUGUUUUUCAGCAUUUGUUGAAUUGUGAUGCAAUAAUGUCCUGCAAGUUGCACUCUGUGUACAGCAGUUUCCCGUUUCAAUAUAAUAUGAAGUAAAGGUACACUUCAAACUGUAGUUGAUCCAUCCUUUUUUAAAGCAUUAUAAAAUAACAAAGUUCCUGCAUAUUCUGCACAUUCAAUGGAUUUGCAGCUUCUACAGUGAGCACUGCCUGUUCUGGAAAGUGACUGAACCUUUCCUGAUCUAGUUAUAAUUUUUCUGUUGAGUUGUGAGGAUAUCUGUUAUGGUCACAGCAGGCAUUUAUCAAGCUAUAUUUAAACAGAUUUACAACGUGUAGCCUAACCUACAUUAGACCUACCUGGUGGAUUUUUGGUGUUUGUUUUGUACAGGUACAAUAUUAUAAAUAAGGAAUCUUGCUGGUCAUGAGAAGUUAGUCUUAUCGACUAUGCACGUCUGGUUUUUUUCUGAACUCAUCCAUUGUUUUGUACAUACAUGGAUAUUACAAGAACCCUUGUGAAUUUUAUUUAUUUUAUUCAGGACGGGAGUGGAAGGAUUGGAAGUGUCUUCCAGUUCAGAUAGUGACAGCGACUGUGAAUCACCAAGUACGUCAUCAGCCUCUCACAGUACAGAUCCUAAACUGCACAGCUCAGAGAGUCAAAGUGAUUCUGAUGGAUCUGAGUCACAUCCCACACCUAUGACAACUUCACAGGCUAAGCAGAAAAUGUCUGUAGAAGCAUUCGAGGAGCAGAAAAUGUCUGUAGAGGCAUCCGAGGAGCAGAAAAUGGCUGUAGAGGCAUCCGAGGAGCAGAAAAUGUCUGUAGAGGCAUCCGAGGAGCAGAAAAUGGCUGUAGAGGCAUCCGAGGAGCAGAAAAUGGCUGUAGAGGCAUCUGAAAAACAUCAAAUGUCUUUAGAGGCAUCCGAGGAACAGAAGAAAUCUGAACCUACAAUACAACAGAUAUGUCUGUCAGAAGAGAGAUUACCAGAUAUAGAAACUGCCAAACCAGUGCCGGACACAGUGAAUAAGGUAAGCAAACAUCUGUGCAAUCAAUUGGUGCCGUGUUUUAGUUUUUUUUUUUCUUUUACAGCUUAAGUUCAAACUGUAAUUUUUAUAUAUUCUCUAUAUACAAUCUGGUUGCAACGACAGUGGUAAUGCCAUCAAUAUACAACUGUAAUGUUUGAGUAUUAUUAUAUAUUUAACUUGGGAUAGUUAUGACAGAUCAUGUGGUUGACAAGGUCUCCCUCUAGUCUAAACGUUGUGCUGGGUAAAUCAUUAUGUAUGUAAUUUAGAAACUAGACUCAUCCGAAGAUCAACUGCUCUGCACAUAGAAUAGCACAGCGGAGCGGACCAGCUGAGUACUCAGUGCCCCAAAGAUGAUGUGAUUGGCAUCACCCUGUCUGUACACUCGCACUAGCUGGAAAUCGGUUUCACCAUUUGUUGGCAGGGUACCUGCAUGGCUUUCAAUAGACAUUUAUUUUACCCUUCUACUAAAGUGUUGUGUUACAGAGAAGGAAGGAAUAAUAUUUAUAAUAUAUUUAUAAUAUACUUUUCGUCCAUGUUUGCUAAUACUUUUCCAGCUCAGUUUGCACAAUGUAUUCUUUAAAUGUACUCUUUAGAGUAACGACUUACAAUAGUAACACAGGCCAAGUCAAAUAUUGUGUUAAAACAUCACACCAAUUAUUACAUUUAAGAAAAUAAUUAUUUUUUUUAGCAGUUUUCAGACCCGUUUAAACAUAACUUUAACGGUUCAGCCAAUGACACCUGCCCUACUUUUUCUGACUUGUAACAUUCUAUACUUCCAACUCAUUGGGGACCACCAAAGAUUAAAGGCUGGGUUAAACUAGUGACCAUGAGGUUUAUGCAGGUAGAGUUAAAUAUUAUAUAGUAGGCUACACGUCCCAUUGCUAACUCUUGAGUAUGUGGACAAGCCAAAAGUAAAAAAAAUAUUUUCAAUAAAUAUGCUCUUUGUUCCUGCAGGAUUCCUCUCCUCUUGACCUUCUCAAGUUUAGCUCUGCGAUGGAACUGGAAGUCCUGGGUUUGGAGAAGUUGAAAGUGGAACUUGCGGCUCUAGGUUUGAAAUGUGGUGGGACUCUGCAUGAACGAGCUGCCAGGCUGUAUUCAGUAAGGGGACUCUCUAGAGACCAGAUAGACCCCAGUUUAUUUGCCAAGCCAGCAAAAGGGAAAAGGAAAUAAAUUUUGUUUUUGGACAAAAAAACCUCAUGUUUAAACUGUUGAAUUUCAGUACACGAACAUUGCUGCUUCCACCACUAAACCAUUACGGGCCGUGACCUGAGAUCACCUCCCACAUCUGAUGCCAUUUCUGGUUCAUAAAAAUUGAAUGGUAAAACUUCACAACAUGUGAAGAGGCCUAUUUAAACAAUAUCACUGUAUAAACCAUGCGUGUAUUCAUUUUACUGAAUUUAUUUUUAAUAAAUAUUUUUUAAGAUCAUUGAUGGAAUUGAUCCAUAGGUAUUGCAGUGUUUUGGUCUGUUAUCUUUGAUAUUUAUAUUAUACAUAUUGGGGGUUUGACUAAGUUGUGAAGUUAUCCUAAAUUUUACAACAAGCAGCUUACUAGAAUUUAGUUUUUAAAUCAAUAUAUGGGAAAAAUAAAACACCUUUUUUAAUUUAUUUUUUUAUAAAUAUACUGGGGAUUUACUAAAGGGCAAGCUGGUUAGUUUCUCUAAACUUUUGUGUGUUCUCAGAGCUCUCAUAUUCUUUGUUUUUCUUGCAAUGCAUUGACUUGGCUCUCCCCAAAAGGUUAAUUGAGACUCACGAGCACAGAUUCUAAUAACAGGAGCUAGUAAGACUCCUUUCCCCUUGGGCAACAGAACGAGACAGGGGUGCCCCCUAUCCCGCUCCUAUUCACAUUUGCCUUGGGGUGGGGGUGUUGGGACAACAAUUCAACGUAUUGGUUGAUGCAGAUGAUGUCCUCCUUGAAACACUUGACGACACUUCUAGACUGCGACUCUUAUCUUGCAGGAUAUAAAGUCAACUUGACAAAAUUGGUAGCCAUGCCCUUUCACCUUUUGGCCCCAGAUAUGGUGCUCAUUCAAAGUAAAUACCAC